AUGCCACCAACUUACUACACGUCCUACACCCAUCCCCGCCUCUAUCACCCAACUGCGACGGGUCGGGGUAGGUGGCCAUUCUUCCCUCCUACGAUGCUCAGUGGCUGUUUCUAUGACUUCCAAGUCGACACUCGAUCAAGUGUUAGCAAUUUGUACGGGGCCCAGGUUAUUUCCCCUUCCGAAAAAGCAUGGAGAGAGGAGUGGGAACUGGGUGAUGGGGGCCACGACAGAGGCAGCGACAGCGACAGCGAAGGCGACGGCGACAGGGACGGCGACAGAGACGGCGACAGGGACGGCGACAGAGACGGCGACAGGGACAGCCUUACAACACCCUUCCUUACUGUCACGCUGUGUCAUUUUCUGCCGAGUCUUGCAGGCAAGGCACGCGGUACGUAG